UCAUUUCUGAUUCUUCAUUAUGAUACCCCUUUAACAUUAGAUUUCAUCUAUAAGCUGAGUUUGAGUUUCUUGUAGAGAUUUAAAUAAGCAUCUGACAUGGGUCACAGGUGCUGCAGCAAACAGAAAGUGAGGAAGGGAUUGUGGUCGCCUGAUGAAGAUGAGAAGCUUCUUAAACACAUCACCACUCAAGGCCAUGGCAGCUGGAGUUCUGUGCCAAAACUUGCUGGCUUACAAAGGUGUGGAAAGAGUUGCAGAUUGAGAUGGAUAAACUACCUGAGACCAGACCUCAGGAGAGGCUCCUUUACUGAAGAAGAAGAACAAAUCAUCAUUGAUUGCCACAGAAUUUUAGGCAACAGAUGGGCACAGAUAGCUAAGCAUUUGCCAGGAAGAACUGACAAUGAAGUGAAGAAUUACUGGAAUUCAUGCAUUAAGAAGAAGCUGAUCUCACAAGGUUUGGACCCAAAGACUCACAAUUUGAUGCCUUCCCAUCAAAGAGCUUCUAGAAAGUUUGCCUGCAACAUGCCACAGACCUCCAUUGAUCAUUCUUUUCCCGUUUUCGCUGUAAGUAAUGGACAAAUGACAGCAAUUAAUAACAAUGUGAACAGGGAGAUUCAACCUCCAGUUCUCACAUUACCUUCACCUCCAUUGCUUCAACCAAUAAUGGCUGCUUCAACAACACCAACUUCCGAAAAUCAGAUUCAAAAACCUAACACUUGGACUGCAAAUUAUGGUGAAAAUCCCAAUGUUUCCAUCACUACCACUACUUUCCCUUGUGUCUCCUCCAUUGAGAGCGGACCCAUUUCUUCUUGUUCAACUUCUUCAGUGAACCCAUCAGGAUUUGGUCUCCCAGAUGACAGUUACCCCAUUUGGGGUACCAAUAAAAUGGUUGAACCCUGUAGAGUACCAAGCCUGGAAGGACUGCAACUGCAAGAACUUCAAGAUAAGGGUGUUUAUAAGGACGUGGAUUAUUGUUCAUUUGACAGCUCUAUUUUUGACCUUGCAUUUGUAGACUCGACUCUCAUGUCAGGUGCAAUGUCUCGUGAUCUAAGCUCAGUCUCCAUUGAUGAUUUUGGAUGGACCUUCUAAUUAAUAUGUUGAUUUGCGUG